AUUUGGCACGAGUCAUCAUUAUUGACUGAGCAAUCCCUACCCCUGUCUUCAUUUACUUCUAGAAGAUAUGCGACAGCGAACACCCUGUGUCCUUCUAUGCUUGCUGCUAAUUGCCAGCGGCUCGCUCCUAGCGUCAGCUGCUAAAAGAUCCAAAGGGAAAAAAGGGAACACCGCCGUGUCAACAUUUGAACAAGAUGGCAAGAAAUGGACGAUCUAUAAGAAUGAGGAGGGGAGGGCUUUCUUCUUUGACCAUUCGGCUGGAAAGGCCCAGUGGACUGAUCCUCGCAUCACACCCCUGACGCCAAACCAGCGUACUCUGGCCUUGCUGGUCUUCUGCGUCCCGCUGGUGCUGAUGGUGGCAGGCGCUGCAGGUUACCUCUACUGGAUCAAGAAAACGCGCCCCGAUCUCUUCAAGGGCCCGAAGAAGGUCAAGGGGCUGAAGAACUGGACGCCAAGAAGAGCCAGUAACUCCCUGGCACUUGAUCAAUGGCCAUUUCACAAGCUACCUUUGGGAUGCGUGACGGGGUGGGUGCUGGCAGUGGACUGUGUAUUUCUCGUUUUUGACGGUAACGUUACACGGGGGGCCAGGGGCAGCGUCCGAGAGCGUUCGAGACGCACGGGCAGGGUCGGACAGAAAGAGGUUGAGAGGCCCGAGCCGGCGGGCCCCAGCAUCAAUCCGGAGGCCCUGACAGCUCAAAAGCGCGAAUGGAUAGACUCGCAGGCGGCACAGGGCCAGCAGACUUUGGCCACAUGGCCGGAGCAUCUCUUCGAGCACUUCUUCGUAGUGGGCCUCCCACCGGACAUCGAGAUCACCCGGAUUGCGGAGGACCUUUGGGCCCAAGAAGUACGGCAACGUCAGGACGGCGGUGAGCAGCAUGGCGGCGCGGCAGGGGCGGCGGCAGCAGCAGCAGUAGCUGGCGUGGUUGACGGAGCCGGGGGCGGCGGCAGCAGCGUGGCGGGCGGCAGCGGGCGGGGCGGCUCCAAAUCGCAGCAGCAGUACGACAAGGCACCACGGCCGGCGUACGACGCGCAGGUUCUGUUCCGUCACCCCGCUAACAAGAUCGCACCUCUGAGCGAUCAGGAGCUUGUGGACAUGUGCUUCCCACACAAGGUGACCCCGGUGAAGCUGCGCCGCUCGCCCUCUCUCAGCAGCCUGCAUGAGGUCGUGUACGGCAGAAACGCAGCCGCGCGAGAUGACCAGUGCUUCAUCUUCUUGCUCAAGGUUGGCACGAACCUUCCGUUGUACGGCAUCUGCUGUGCCGUACCGGAGGUACUGCACCGCCCUCCCCAUCUGGCCCGCCACAUGUUCCCCGCUUGUCGUAUGCCGUUUCGGAGCGUCAUGAUUGCGGCCCCCCGGGUGUAUUGCCUCCUGUCACACUACCCCUUCUUCGACCUGCACUUCCAGGUCCUCAACGUCAUCCUGGGAAUGGAACGUCUGCACCGCACCAUCGACUUCAACGCGGAGCUGGACGGCAGUGGAGCAGCUGCAGCUGCAGCUGCACAGUCCUCGACCGCGGCCGGCGGCGGUGGCGGCGGUGUGGCUGGAACCCCAGUGGCCGCAGCCGGUGGCGGCGAUGCCACCGCCAAGGUCCCGCACCAACCGCCGCCGCAGCAGCCACCUCCACAACAGCACACACAGCAGCCUCCACAGCAGCCACAGACACCACAGCAGCAGCAGCGGCAGCCGCCGCGGGGUGCCGUACGGUUGAGCAGCAGGUGCUACUGCCAGGACUGUGCUAAUGCAAUUGUGGACAUGUAUCCGGGGUUGCUACAGCCCUGGGAGCUCGACCCGCUGCGCCCUUCCCGGCCAGGGCGACCGUCUCUCACGGGGCGGUUGCUCUCAGCUGAUGACCCGUGGGUCACGCCGGUAGCGGCGGCUGCGGUAGCCGGUCGCGGAGCGCCGCUGGAAGCGGUGCCUGGCGGCGCGGCUUUGGCGGCCAUUCGGACCCAAGGGUCGGUGCGGCGCUUGAGCGACCCGGGCUCAGCGGGGUUCUUAAGCCCCAGGUUGGAUUCCGGGACCUUGCCGGUGGCGCCGUCAGAGCUGGUGGCGGCGGGGGAGCAGCGCCAGAGUCGCCGGCUCUUGGGGGCCAGCGGCGCCUGCAGCGUAUUGGCUGUGCCGUCGCCGGCAGGCCCAUGGGUCUCCAAUACCGCGUCGGCUUUGGCGUCGAUGCAUGGCCUUGCGGCGAUGGAGUCUUGCCAGGAGGAGGAGGGCAAUGCACCGGAGCAGGGCCUCCUGGAGCACUCCUUGCCGAUCUACUUCCUCUUAUACAGCCUGCUUCCUUCAGAGCACAGUGACGUCGAAGCAGCGGGGGCGCUGGAAAGCGCUCUGGACAAACUGGCAGGCCUGCCUCGCGCCGUCGCCACCAGCAUGAACGAGGCGGCAGCGGCCGCUGCUGUCGUACUGCGGCGCGUAAGCCCUGGGCCCGGUACUGCUGCUGCUGCUGCCGCCGCCUCGGGCGGCGGCACGAGACCCAAAGCGGGGACGCCAAGCGGCGGUGCAGCCGGUCGGGGAGGCGGUGGCGGCAGUGGUGACGGCAGCGGUGACGGCGCUGGCCAGCUGCCGUGCCUGGACUCGGAUUCGUACCUCAGCUCCGACAUGGGAACGCCGCAUGCGGCGGCGAACAGCUCCGCCAUGGCGGCGCGUGCGUUGGUGGCGACGCCAGCCGAGGCGGUGUCGGCGUUUGCAACGAUUGUACGGGACUCCCUAAAAGCAAUCGGCAGCAGCGCCAUCAGCACUGGUCGACGGCGGCGCAGCGUCGGGGACGGCGUCUGCGGCGCAUCCGACGGCGGCGCCAGCGCUGCCGCUGCGGCGGCGGAGCAGCCCGACGGCCUCCAUAUUCGUCGGGUAGGACCUGACCAGUCCGCCGCCGCCUUCAUUAACGUACACUUGUCGUCACCGCUGAAGUCGUCGCGCAAGCUCAUACAACACCUUGCCGCCGCCGUCAGCGGUGGCGGCACCGCCGCCCCUGCUGCCGCGGCGCCGCCACAAUUGCCGCCGCCGUUGGCGACUAAGCCCACUGCUCUGCUGGCGUGGAACAGCAGCGCCGUCACGGUGGCGGGGGGCCCCGUGGAUGGCACCGCUGCCGCCGGCGCUGGGGGCCUGGCCAGCGACGCUAGCGUGAGCUUGGUACAGCAGCUCAUGCGCAGUGUCAUGGUGCCUGUCUCCCCAGUGCAAGCCCUCCCCAAUCCUGCAUACAGAGCCCCGAAAAACCUGGCAGUCCGCAGCAAGAGCCCGCGGUACCUCAUCAACAUCAUCAUCAACAUCAACAUCAGCAGCAGCAGCAUCAACAGUUGGUGUACGACGGAGCAAGGGCCGGGGGUUUGGAGCUGUGUCGGCGCCAGCGAGGGUGAUGGCGCGCCGUCCCCGGCAGCGGCCGCGGUGCUGGCGGCGGCCCCGCACUUGUUGCUUGCAGAGCAUUCAGGCUUCAGCGUCAACCCCUCGGACGCUAGCUUCUACUCGGCGGACGGAGUGGAGGAGGAAUGUACGCCGCGUGCCGCGGGGCCAGCGGAGCGCCAAGCCUUGCAACCUAGCUUCACCACAUACACACCGUCGGUGCUACAGCCGCCCGGCGGUCUUGCCAGCGGCAGCUCUCCACCCGUCGGGGGUUGGCGCUUCUCCGUUGACCUGCCGCCGAUGUCGUACAGCGGAGGUGGAGCUGUUGUAACUAGGCCGCGCAGCGCGGCGUUCGUGCCGCUGCUGCCCGGGAGUCGGUCGUCGCCGGCUGGGGCGGCCAGCGGCGGUGGCGGCGGCAGCGGCGGCGGAGCCGCUUAUGGGGGUUCCGUGCUGCCUCUUCCCUCGGGGCUUGCGACGGCGGCGGCGGCGGCGUUGCCGGGACCCAGCCGCUUGGCCCGUACGAGCGCCCCGCUGACACAGGAGGGCGCAGGGCCACGCAGCAAUGCUGCUGCCGCCGCCUCCGCCGCCGCUCCCGUUACUGGUACCGCUACUGCCGCCAUCUCCCCGCAGCUGUCGGCGUCGACGUCAGCAAUGGCGCUUCUACCGCGCGCCAGAAGCGGCGGCGGUGCCGCUGCCGCCGGAUGCUGCCAGCCAGGGGGCACUCCGGCCCCAGGCCAAUCAUCCCACGGCACCAGCAGUGGCGGCGGCGUGGUGUCUCCCCCUCCCGCCGGCGUGUCUGUCACGAGCAGCGACAUGUCGCACCACUUUUCCCCCCGCCACGCCCUGGACCAGCUGUACGGCUAUCCCCCGGUGCACCCCGGCGAGCAGAUGACGCUGCGAUUUGGCGGUGUUGCCACCCUGCAGUACACGCGGCCGGUGCUGGGGCGGCGUUUCACGGUGCUGGGGCCGCCGAGGUCUAUCCAGUCGUACGCGGAGGCGGAGCUGGCGGAGGGACUGCAGCACUGGACCUCAUCCAUGCUGUGCAGGUCUCUCUCCCUGGACAAGCUGCUGCUGGUGCUGACCGCGGUGCUCCUGGAGCGGCAGGUGGUGGUGUUCUGUCCGCACAUCUCGGUGCUGACCGGCUGCGUGCUGGGGCUGCUGCCGCUGCUGCGGCCCUUCUGCUGGCAGUCGCUGAUGCUGCCCGUCACCCCCGCCUCCAUGAUGGGCUUCCUGGAGGCCCCCGUGCCGUUCGUACUGGGGGUGCAGUACAAGACAAGUGACGUCAUGGCCAGGUGCUCGCACCUAAUCCGAGUCAAUGUGUACAAGGACCAGGUGAAGAACGGGGGGCCCUCCUUACCGCAACUGCCGGGGCUGAAGAAGCUCUCGGCGGCGCUGGCACCGCACCACGCCCUGCUGCGGCGUCGCGUGCUGGCUCAUCCAGGGGGCGGGGGCGGAGUAGGCGGAGGUGCGGCAGGUGGCGGAGGAGGGGGAGGGGGAGGGGGAGGAGCGGGCGUGGCAGGCCCGGCAUUGCCGCUGGGGAUGCUGCUGGCGGGCAACCAGGCGGCGGCGGCGGCGGAGUCAGCCGCGGCUGGUGGCAGGUCCCUCCGUGCCAUGAGCAGUGCCGAGCUAUCCGCCGCCAGCAGCUUCCUGUCCAUCCUGAGCCACCACCUGAUCGGCCUGUGUGGGGACCUGAGACCGCACGUCAUCACUAAUGUGGGGCUAUCCAAGAGGACAGGUGUUUUGAUGAAGGAGAGUCUGCUGGAGGUGAUCCCCCCCCGUGACAAGCCCUUCGUACGGCAGUUUGUGGAAACCCAGAUGUUCAGUGUUUGGAGUGAUGCGCUCAUAUCCGCCAACUUCGAGGGCUCCUUCGCCGCCGCCACCAAUACCGGCCAGGCUGGGUGGUCGAGUGCAUAUAGCCUGAUGAUACUGCUGAAGUUGGUGGUCUCGGCGGUGGUCUCGGCGGUGGUGGUGGUGGCGGAGGGCGCUUAA